AUGAAGGAAGACCCUGCCAAGCUGGCCGACAAGAUGCUGCGCACCCCCAAGUGCUCCAGGUGCCGGAACCAUGGUUUUCUGGUGCCGGUCAAGGGCCAUGCGGGCAAGUGCCGCUGGAAGCAGUGCACCUGCGAGAAGUGCUACCUGAUCACCGAGCGCCAGAAGAUCAUGGCUGCGCAGAAGGUGCUCAAGAAGCAGGCCUCCGAGGAGGAGCAGGACGGGGCCCUCGUCGCGCAGGGCCCGGAGCUGUUGACAGGGGCCGCGGCCGCAGCCGCAGCCCUGGGCGCAAGCCUCCGCCAGCUGCCUCUGCUGACCGCUUCGGGAGACUGGGAGCCAGGCCCCGAGUGCCGCGUGGCCGCCGGCUUCCCAGAGAGGCCCCCACGGGGCCCGAGCCCCGGCCCGAGCGCCUUCCAGCCAGUUCUGGGCGGCCACGGCCGCGGCCGCGGCCACGUGGGGCCGAGCGGCGAUCGAGCCGCCGUGGCCAUGCCCGGUUCGGUGGGGCCCCAGCUUGGGAUGGAGGUAGCAGGCAGGGGGUGCCCUGACCGCCUGGGGCUGCGCAGUCCGUUGCGGCCCCUGCCCAGCCCGCCGUUCGACUUCGGGCUCCCUCUGAACAUCAGCUCAGAUCAUGUGGUGGGGCUUGAGCACCUGGAGAGGCAGCCUUCCAAGCUGUACCCCAGCUGCUCCAACAUGCAUUCCUACUGUGCAUUCCCACUGGGCUACCAGGAUGGAUCCCCGCCUCCGGGGAUCCCCCUGCAGCGGGGCUUCCGGCAUGUGUCCUGCAGCCCCUACCAUGGAGGAAGCUUGGUGUCGGAGUCGGUGGGAGACUUCCAGCCAAGCUACUACCCGCCGCCUCCGCCUCCGCAGCAGCCUCAGUUCCUCCCGCCCGGCUUCCUGUCUGCGCUCCACUUCCUCCCACCACUGCCGCCGCCACUGCCGCCGCCACCAGCAUCUUUCUCUCUUGCUGUCCUGUCUGACACAGACAAGGAGACCACUGAUGACCAGGAUGUGAAGGUGCCAGCACCGGCGCCGGAGGAGCCGCCCGAGGUGCCGCCCGAGAAGAACGAGGAAGGGGAGGAACCACCGCCUGAGCCCAGCCAGCCGCCCUCUCAGGAGCAGUCCGACUAG